GUGCAAUUACAAUCUCUCAGAAAACGGAAGAUGGAUUGAAUCUUCGUAGCAAGAUCCAUGGGAAAUUACCAAUCGACAUUCUUUCGGAUUACAUGGAUAUGCGCUACGUCACUGAUCUUUGCUUGUGUUGUUAUGUUAUGGAACUUGUGCAUUGCUGCAUUUUCGCCGUAUUUUCAUAUAAAAGUUGGAAAUAUAUGCUAUUACUGACAAGGAGUUCAGGCAAUAUUGGAUUAGCACACAGCCCAGGAAAAAUAUGAUAUAGUGCGUGAUAAACGAAAUAUUUAAGGAAGAUGUCAUUCUCAGUGCAUAAUGAUGACUAUCGAAGGGUUGUCGAAGAAGCCGUAAACCAAAAAGAAUCUUAUAUGGAAAGUGAUACAGCAGCUGAAUUUCUGUUAAUACCAAAGCAUGAACAGUGCAUGGAACAAACAAUGGUUGUUGGGGAAGAAAUAGUAACACCAGAAAGUAUUCAAAUAGGUAAACAUGUUUGUGACAUUACCAAUUCAGAUUCUACAAGUGAAUCAAAUACGUAUUUGGAAGAGAAUGUUAAUGCUGCUGAGCAUAUUGUAAAUUACCACGAACCUUCUGAUACCUUACAUUUGCUAACGGAGGCAAAGAUUAAGCAAGAAUGGAAUGAUAGCUUUACGGAUGAUGCUUUCAUGCAACCUGAUUAUGAUGGGCAAGAAGCUACAUUACAUUACGGAGAGGAAAUACCAGAGGCUGACGAAGAAGAUGCAGAAACAAUAGCAACAUUUGUAACUUCUGCUGGUCAACAAUUAGCUUUAUACGCAGUAGAAGAUUCUGACGAAGUAUUUGCUGUGGCUGUUUAUGAUGAAUCUGGGGAACCUCCUACGAAUUUUCAAUUUCUACUAAAAGCCGACGUAGAACGAUUGAUUGGGGAAGGCGCGGUAAGAACAGUGAAGAAACCAACUCAAAUGAAAAAUCAAUUGGUAACUACACAUCCUCCAGUAUUCUUACCUAAGCAAGAACCAGUUGAAAAAAUAGAAAGCCCGGAGAUUUCAAUGGCCGAAAUAACGGGGUUAUAUAAAAUGAACCAAAAAUCUAGUACCUGCAACAAAAAGUCUAGAAUCUCUCAGCAUUCAGAUUUAUUAGACACCAAGCCAUGCAACGUGACUUAUUCUUCUGACAGACGGUCAGAUAUUACAUACGUAAUGAUGGAUGAUACCGGCGAAAAUAUCAUGAAUCGAUCGGAGGAAAGUCAAGAAUGCUUCGAAAGUGACAAUGAAAUCAUUGAACAGUCAACAGUACAAUACAUUCUUUUGGAAGGCGAUCAGUCGGAUUCAGAAUUAACUUUCGACGAGAUUCAAGCGACGCUACGGAGUCUAAAGACGUCGCAGUCUCGAUCGUCAUUAAAGAAACCACUAAACGGAAAAGUAGCAACGGACCAAAAGACUACAAACGGAAUGUUCCUCAUGAAUUCUCCAAAUGGUUCCGUGUCGAGUAAAUCACAAAUCCCGUCGAGUUACUGUACAGUGUCUUCAGAGAGUGGACGUAGGCCUCAUUGUAAUUACGGAUCUUCAAGAAAAAAUCACAUUUCUAGUUCAUUAAUGGGGAGAAAAUAUAUAUCCGAAGGAAAAGAUAGUUUAACGAGUAACAUGGGAAAAUCUGUAACUACUGCGAGUACAGAUAAUACCAUCUCGAAGAAAGUUUCACCGAUUUCUUUAUCCGAAAGUAAAAUCGCUGAAACAGUUCAGACUGUGUCAAAGGUGAAAAGAUCUCGCAAACAGCAAUUGACACUAGUAAAUCGUGGAGAUUCCGAAAUAAUAAUACAACCUGCAUCCCUAUUGAACGAGGAGGACAAUACACAUAAAAAGCGAGGAAGACGAAAAAAGAAACCUCUUCCCGAUCCAGAUUACAAUCCACGACCUGUAAGAACGAAACGUGUAAAAAAGUCACCCAGGUAUAGAACAGUUGAAGUGAUUGAAAUUGACAUUGACGAGGAGGAAGGUGCUCCGGAAAUCGAGGACGAUGCGGUCGAAAUCGCCGUAGGGGAUCCUAACAAAGAGAAAGGAUCGAGCGACAAGGAGAACGACGUUAUAAUGGUGGGAGAUUCGGAUAAUGAGUUUCAAGUGUCACCAGUAAAAUCUUCACCGGCUGUCUUACAGUGUGAGCACUGUUCACGGAACUUCAGGCAACAAAGAGCACUUGACACACAUUCUAGAGUGUGUCCAAAAUCACCUACAAAUGCGCACAAGACACAAGAAAGGGCAGCGAGGACAGCUAUAGACAGAAGUAACGGGAAUGACGUGGACGAAAAACAGGCGGUGAAAAAGCAGUAUACGUGUAAAGUGUGCCAGGAGAAAUUUGACGUUGUCGUCGCCCUGGCACGACAUGCGCGCACUAACCAUAGUCAGAGAAAGAAGGGUAGACCCGCUAAAAUUGCUAUUGAAACUAAACCCGAAACUCCACCACUGCCGGAACCUCCUACGCCGGAGGAAGAGAAGCGGAUAGUGGUGCAAAAAACUAGAAAGAAAAAAAAUCAAAGCCCUAAUAGAAUUUGGAAUGUCAAGAAAUUAAGCUGUACCGACUGUGGCAGGUGGUUUCCCAGUGCCGCAUCACUCUCGGCGCAUUGUUUACAACAUGCAACCAAAAUGUCUGAACAACAAAGACGACGGUGCCAAACGUGCAAGAAACUCAUAAAAUCAAGGUCUCUUUAUAUUCGUCACAUAAAGAUGCACAGUAAGGCCAGGACGAGUGUAAAAUCGGUGACGAAUAUUUUGCAAAAAAAGCUACGACGCACAAGGCAGGCAGCGAGUAAAAUUACGUCGUUGAGGAAACGUGGAAGGCCCAGAAAACUUUGAUCCGUUCUGUGAAAACAAAUAGAAUUUAUAACGAAAAUUGUAUACACAUCAAGAGAUAUGUAACGUAACUUGACGUGACGUAGCAUAACGUAAUGUGAAACUUACGUUAAUAUAUUUCAGUUGGCGUAAUUAUUAUUAAAUUAACUUAUGGAUUGUUCUGCGAUGAUGCAAAAUCAAGUGCAAUUGAUAAAAGGUUGUUUUUAAAAUACGCAAUAUCUUUUAUACGGACCGUCGUAAUGUGCAUCGAUAGUAUAACAAAUAAAUUCACAUACUCAGAGAGUAGCUAAUAAAUAUAAAUGCGAUUUAUAUUUAUAAUUAUCGACAUUAAAUUACAAAUUUUCUUCAACGAAAUCAUCGCUGUUUCGUUACAUAUCUCAUAGAGGUGUUUGAGUACGCUAAGUUCCAGGUAACUGGAUUUGUUGAACCUAGAAUAUCACCUACCUUUAGUUUAUCAAAUUAUGGCAUAUUAUCGAUAGACAUUAAGCAAUGUAAAUAAUACUAUUUCCUCGGAAAUGAAUAUUUGCAAAAUGUAUUAAUACGGUGUUCUCAUAAGCGUACCGAUUCGCGAUAUUCUAGAAAGAUGACAAAGUCUCUGUAAUAUUUUGAAUAAUAGAAUGAUAUAUAAAAAGAAUAUAUUGAUACAGAUUAGAUACUGUCGUACACGUAUUACAAUUAUUAUAAAUAAAGAAUUAACUUUAAGUUGUAAAUGAUCCUGUUAUUUUGAUACAGCCUCGUGUACAUAAAGCAUAAUAGUAUAAACUACUCAUUUUAGUAAAAAAAAUAAAGCGUGAUUCGUUGUGCUAUUUACGACUAUACUACACAAACUGCAGACUGUUAAACAAAGUGUUGUAUGUACAUACAGGUUCUCAUAAUGGCUUGGUACAAAACUAGAAACGCAAAUUUUACCCCAGUAAGAUAAUUCAGUUAGAUGGUUUACAAGAAUGUGAAAUUCAGCGACAAAAUAAAAUUGUUAAAACUUC